CAGUCGAUUAAACAAGUGGGGAAACUUCAACACCAAAGGGUCACUUUUUCUCUGCCUCUCUCUCUCUCUCUCUCUCUCUUUCUCUCUCCCCGCGCGUGAGAGUUGGAAAAUGAUAUAUUUCGGAAAGCAAAUAUGUCAGCUAAAGUAAAAUGGCCUCUUUCAGGGGAGCUGUUAUUCUUGUGCCAGUGAACUUGGCGUCAAACCUCGCCUCUUAACCGUGUCGGAUUUAGCCUUCGCCGGAGCUUUUUUAUGUCCGCGGUGCCAUUUGAAGCGGGACAGCGCGCCGCCGAGUCACAGAGAUGAGAGCAGGGCCAGUGAUAUUCUACCAGUUUCGUAUUGGAAAGCACCUCCGAUGGCUUGACACAUCGCUCCUCGACUCUCAACUCGGACUGUGAUAGUGUAAAAAACCGCGUGUGAUCGGGGGCUGCGUUGCACUUUGCGCCCAUUUAACGUUGGAUCGAAGCGUCCAGCCAGAGACGCGCGCACACACACACACACACACACACACACGCGUGCGCGCACUCCGGAGAGCACAGCGGACACACACCAUGACAAGCUGCUGGUUUGCCUUCGUUGGAUUGUGGUGGAGCGCUUAUUGCAUGUUCCUCGUUGCAGGUAGCAAUUAUUUAUUCGAUGGAAACAACGAAGUGCACCAGAGUUUCAUCCACCGGCGGCUGCGGACCCACGAGAAGAGAGAGAUGCAGAAGGAGAUCCUGUCCAUUCUUGGACUGCCGCACAGACCGAGACCGCAUCCGUCGCACGGAAAAUACAACUCCGCUCCCCUUUUCAUGCUGGACUUAUACAAUACCAUAUCGAACGAGGAGAAGAAUGAGGUGGAAGGCAUGCUGGACCAAUAUCAGUCCAUGCUGACGACCCAGAGCCCUCAUCUGGCCACGUAUCAAGAGAAUGCCUUUCUAAACGACGCCGAUAUGGUGAUGAGCUUUGUCAACUUGGUGGAGUAUGACAGGGAGCUCUCUCCACAGCGGCGUCACCACAAGGAGUUUAAGUUCAACCUGUCGCAGAUCCCCGAGGGUGAGGCCGUGACCGCAGCAGAGUUCCGCCUCUACAAGGAGUGUGUGAGCCGAGCCUUUCGCAACGACACCUUCCUUCUCAAAGUCUACCAGGUGGUGAAGGAACACCCCGACAGGGAGGCAGAUCUGUUCCUACUGGAGACUCGCAGGCUGUGGGCGGCAGAGGAGGGCUGGCUGGAGUUUGACAUCACCGCCACCAGCAACCUGUGGGUGAUGAGUCCCACACACAACCUGGGCCUGCAGAUCAGUGUGGAGACCAGUGGUGGGCAGAGCAUCAGCUCCAAGGAGGCAGGGCUGGUGGGUCGGGACGGUGCGCUUGAGAAACAGCCUUUCAUGGUGGCCUUCUUCAAGGUAAGCGAGGUGCACAUCCGCACCGCGCGUGCUACGGGCAGCAAACGGCGCCAGCAGAACCGUAACCGAUCAACACAACCGCAGGAGGGUUCAAGAGGGCCCAGCCCGGCAGAUUACAACAGCAGCGAUCAGAAGACGGCUUGCAGGAGACAUGAGCUGUACGUCAGCUUCCGCGAGUUAGGUUGGCAGGAUUGGAUCAUUGCUCCAGAGGGCUAUGCAGCCAACUACUGUGAUGGAGAGUGCUCCUUUCCCCUCAACGCCCACAUGAACGCCACCAACCACGCCAUCGUACAGACACUGGUGCACCUGAUGAACCCCGAGAACGUACCGAAGCCCUGCUGCGCCCCGACCAAGCUCCACGCUAUAUCGGUGCUCUACUUUGACGACAACUCCAAUGUCAUCCUGAAGAAAUACAAGAACAUGGUGGUGCGGGCUUGUGGCUGCCACUGACACCAUGUGUGCAGCUGCAUGGCUGACGGUGGUUGGCUGAGAGUCUGUCAGCCAGUACCAAUCACAAAUAGACCAAUGUUGGGACGUGCAGGUGAGGUCACCCUUGACCGGUCAUGAAAUUUCCCCACCCGAUUUGAUAGCUUGAAUGGAAUUUCCAAGCCGCAACCGAAUUCAUGUGUCAUUCCAAUGAUCUCGGACCAUUCUGUCAAUUCCUCUAUUAAGAUGAACAUUUGUGUCCCAAAGUAGAAAAACAAAAGACAGGGCAUCCAAUCUUCAACCAUUGUGGGGAAAUUGCAAAAGUGACGUUAUAUGAGUUUUGUGUAUGGGCAACUUCACCCUGCUCCACAAAGUUGGCCAUCCACCCUCCUCCUAUUGGCUGUGGAGUGGAGCC